AGCUAUUACCAAAGAGAACUUAUAUUAAUACCAUGAAAAAAGAAAUCCAAUGGCUACUCAUCUUGAUCCAAUGGCUACUGUUCACUCUUCAGGAUAAUCCCAACUGGUUCGAGCUCUCCAAAGAGAAGAAGCGUUCCCCAGCGAUUAGGGUUUCUCCUUUCUUUUCCUCUCUCCAGUCUCCAUGUCCGGGGCCCCUUUCUCUAGCUGCUGUGAAUGAUUGAUCGAUGGAAGCGAAUCUCAUGGCUGAUUAUCUUCCGGCUUACAUAGAUCGUCGCCCAAAGAAACGUGCCAGAUUAGAUUGGGACCCUUCUCAUACGCCAAAGGCUCAGCCAGGGAUAUAUUAUGGGCAAGAGGUUGGCAGUGUGUCAAGCUUUGCACACGGAAGAUUAUUUUCUCAUCAUGAAAAUGCAUAUGUUAAGAGUCUGGCUCAAAAAGGCUCUCCCCCUUGGCGAGAUGAUGACAAAGAUGGGCAUUACAUAUUUGAGCUGGGAGAGAAUUUAACUACCCGCUGUAAUCAUGUUACUUUCCCAUGCCAAAAUGUCCCAUUUUAAUAUAUAAUUGGAUUCUGUAUGUAUAACGCUCACCAUGAACAACUAUGCGUUUUAUGUUCCCUUUUUCCAUAAUAUUUUUCUGACUUUUAUUUGCAAAUGAGAAAGGAUUACUUGGAGGUUAUCUUGUGUGGUCAUCACUGAAAACAAAGCUAAGCAAAUGAUAUUUUUCACAUCUCUUUGUGUAGUGUAGACGUGUAGUGUUCUUUUUAAAUUGCUAUCAAAUGCAAGAAGACUUGUACUUUCAUAAUAUAUUUCAGUUUUCUUAGAUACAAAUGAACCAAAGAUGAGCUUCAUGAUAAAUCUGAAAAAUAUAUUCUUACCAAAUGUCCAUCAUGGACAUUACGUACCUCUAAUUUCCUUCAAAAUGAGGCUAGGUAUAUCAACCAACAAGCCAGUUCUUUCUUACUUUAUGCCCUUAAUGGCUUAGUUUUAUGCCUGCAUUUUAAAAUUAUUCUGCUCUUAUCAUUUACAGUUCAAGUCAACUUAAUUAUGAGUUGUAUUAUGAUGUCAAUAUCCUUAUUCCUUAAAUUAAUUUGUGUUCAUUACGUAGGAUUUAAGGAAUAUAAAUAAAUUAGCGGUUUUACUUGUUUGAUACUUUUAAAUAGUGUCCUUAUUUUGUACUUCUACCUUUUUUUUGCAGAUAAGAUCCUCCGGAAGAUUGGGGAAGGUACCUUUGGUCAAGUUCUGGAAUGCUGGGAUAGGCAACAGAAAGAGUUGGUAGCCAUAAAAAUUGUCCGCAGCAUUAAAAAAUAUCGCGAGGCAGCAAUGGUAGAAAUUGAUGUGCUUCAGUUGCUUGGAAGAUAUGAUAGAAGUGGCAGUCGGUAAGUGUAUAUCUGUUUUAUCUACUCGCUUGGCUUUUGAUUUGAUGUUGUGAUUAAAAGAGUUCAUUCCUUGCAGUUGUGUUCAAUUACGGAACUGGUUUGAUUACCGUAACCAUAUAUGUUUAGUAAGUAUAUUGCUAAUUCAUGGUAACCUCCUUGCCCUGGCUUUCAAAAUAUUAUAGGGACUUAAGGCUUGUCAAUGAAUUUAAAUGCCUUUAACAGGUGUUUGAGAAGCUUGGACCGAGUUUAUUCGAUUUCCUACGGAAAAACAAUUAUCGCUCAUUUCCAGUUGAUCUAGUUCGUGAGAUUGCCGGACAACUGUUGGAAUGUGUAGCAUGUGUGUAGUCAGAUUCUGCCAUUUUUUAUCUUUGCCAUUCCGAUGGCUUUGUGUUCUCUAGGACCACCAUGUUUUGAAUGCUAUCCUUUUCUUUUAGCUACUUAGCUCUACAGUUCUUUGUAUUUGUUUCAAAGCUAAAGCUUCAAUCAUUCUGUUAGCACACUGCUUUCUUUUCAUGUUAAUGUGCAUAUAUCUUGAGUUAAAAUGUUUCUGGUUCUUGAUUUUUUCAAAUUUUUUUUCCCAGUCAUGCAUGAUAUGCGGCUUAUACACACUGAUCUGAAGCCUGAGAAUAUACUCUUUGUAUCUCCGGACUACAUAAAGCUGCCUGACUAUAAGGUUGCACCAUGGCCACCUAGAGAUGGAUCGUUUUAUAAGAGAUUACCAAAAUCAAGUGCUAUUAAAGUAAUUGAUUUUGGUAGCACAGCAUAUGAGCGAAAAGACCACAAUUAUAUUGUCUCAACUAGACACUAUCGCGCGCCUGAGGUUAUUCUUGGUCUUGGAUGGAGUUACCCAUGUGACAUGUGGAGUGUUGGUUGUAUAUUGGUGGAAUUAUGCGCGGGUGAAGCUUUGUUUCAAACACAUGAGAACUUAGAGCAUCUUGCCAUGAUGGAGAGGGUUUUGGGUCCUUUUCCACCUCAAAUGUUGAAAAGAGUUGGUCGACAUGCUGAGAAAUAUGUGAAAAGGGGUAGACUUGACUGGCCCGAAGGUGCAGUCUCCAGGGAUAGCAUUAAGGCUGUCAUGAAAUUGCCCCGUCUUCAGAAUUUGGUGAUGCAGCACGUGGACCAUUCAGCAGGUGACCUCAUUGACCUUUUGCAAGGGCUCCUUCGAUACGACCCUACCAUUAGGACAACAGCUCGCAAUGCACUCAAGCAUCCUUUUUUCACCUGUGACCAUUUGAGGAGGUUGUAAAAGGGCACCGUGGAUGAUUUGUUCCUCUACAACACAUCAAGGUGCGUAUUAUUGCACCUCGCCUUUGCUUUUUGAGUGGAUUCCUUGAAAAGUGGAACUCGUUCGCCCCAAGUCUUUAGAGCCUCGCGUAAAUGAUGUCAUCCUGAGAAAGUCCCUCGGUUCCCAUGUUGUGAUCUCGUGGUUCUGGUGUCAUUGCACCCAUAAGUUUUGUUAGAGCAGUUUUUUUCGCCCCCCAAAAUCGAAUCUUAUUUGCGAAUGUACAAUUAGUGUGUAAGUUUGUUUAUUAUAUGUCAAUUAAUAAUAAAGCAUGAUUGGUUUUUUUUAGAAUUACGGAUGUCUACUCUUAAAGACACUUUUGCCCUUAAGCGGAGUCGUGAACUUUGGAAAAUCAUGUACGUAGUACUCCGUAUGUUUUAGCAAGAACUGUGUCGAGUUAGGAUUGGGAAGGAUGU